GCGCCCUCUUCACCUGACCAGGUAAAUCAGGUCAAUGUCAAGCGGAUUACGUGUCAGUGUUCUUUUAUUAAUGAGCAACGACUCGGGGUCGAAGGUGGCGGGAGGCCAGCCCGCAGGAACGAGAGAGCAAACGGCAGCACGUCUCGGAGCUAGCUAAUUGGAUGAAUGCUUAAUUUGGCCGUUUGAGAGAUUAUAAGGUUAUUAAACCGCAUAUUAUUCACUAUUUAAUGGCGAUUUGUUUAAUAAUCUCAGUCUCUGAUUGCAUUUAGUAGAUAUUCUGUGCUGGUUACGAGCUACAAUGACUCGCAAAUAUGCUAUACUGACAUCACAAUACUCCAUUAAGACAUGUUAAUACUUGUAUAGUAUAAUUUACGUUAUAUAACUAUAUUCUCUCUGUGGCUGUCGGUGCUUUCACAGGGAUGGAAGAUUAUCAUAGCUGUCAAAUUCAUGCUAAUAUUGUGGAAUUAAGAAUUAAUUUUAUUCUGAAAAAUUAAUUAAUUAAUUAAAAAGCUGCACUACUUGAAUGUAUGUAAAGUGGCCUUCUAGACUGGGAAAACAAAUUAAUUAAAAUACAAACAAUUAAAUCACGAUAUUACGGAUUGAAGCAACCCUAUUAUUAUUAUUAUUAUUAUUAUUAUAAUCAUCAACAACAAGGCUGCAUAUUUGUUUUCUCUAUUCAACAAUUAAUAAUUGAGUCUACAAAAUGUAAAUAAAAUGCCCAUUUAACUUUGCCGGAACAUUACCUGCCAUAAUAAUCAGAUUGUCAGUAUAUUGGCAAAUUAAAUGUAUGUUGAUUGAUUAAUCAAUGACCCGUAAAUGUCUUUCUUUUGUAGCUCUACACACUAUCCUAGUAACCAUAGCCUCAACAUAAUGCUGUGGUUGAGUACGCCUCUCUUUCACAUACAUGGCCACAGUAAUUAUAGAAAGUCAUUUGUUAAACUGUUAAUUUAUAUAUAUGAUGAGUUAUUGAUUAAUCUGUACUGUAUAUAUAUCUUUAAAAAUAAGGACGUAUUGAUUGCAAAAUCCGUAGCGAGUGUCUUAAAACUGCUUGACCACGUAUUUAUUUUAUAUGAAAUAAACAAGCGUGUAGAUGUCAGUUGAUUCACGUCGAGAGAGAAGAGAGAGAUUUACUUCAUAUGUUAUGGCACAGAUGCUCUGGAUAGUGGAUAAGGUCAAUUAAAAGACUGGAAGUUAAGUGGAAGUGGGCCUCCGCACGUAGUAAUUAAGCUCGCUCCGUAAAGUGUAAAUUGGUGUUCAAUCCUGAUUUAUUAAUGUUGCACGUAGCGCCAUUAAAUAGGUAAACGGCGCCUUCGGAUGGGACGUACAGGUGUCACAUUGACAUCCUUUUACUUUACAUCACUUCAUUGCACUUUUUAUUUAUUCAUUCAUUUUCUCCGGUAACUUACGGGAUAGUCGAGUUGCAGCUGACGGCGAAGCGAGAGCGAGAGGGGCGGGUCGUUGACGGCGAGAGGGCCCAGAGGUCCCAGAGGUCCCAGAGGAGCAUCUCUCAUUCUCUCGUCCGGAGAACCUGAACAAAGCUUAUCUGUGUAACCAAUACUCUCCUUCAUGGAAUGAUGCCCACCAGGGAUCGGGUAGCUUCUUUUAUUUCCUACUUAAGAAACUCCCCUCUCUUACCGGGUUACCGCGCCGCGUGUUUCGAAGAGGUUUUUUUCUGUUGGCCCGCACGUCUGGAUUUUGCUAUGAAUUAUUAACGGGAGGAGAUAAUUUCUAAGGGGGCCGAGUGGGCGUCGCUCGGUACCUGGCGGCUCGUCCUUGUUUUCCUUUAUGAAGGUCGCGUGUCGCGCGGAGGAUGCCCGCUGCUUUUCGGGAGACGUAACUGUUAUUUAAAAAGUGUUUAAAUGUGCGAGGAGCCGCCGCCGCUCUUUGACUUCCCCCCGGAGGAGGCGAUGGCGCUGGAACACGUCCGUCUCCGCUACGAAGAGCUGCUGUUCUACACGGCCUGCGUUUUCAACUGUUGGUCCGUGUGUCUGUGUGUGUGUGUGUGUGUGGAAGGCAGAGUGUGUAGGAGAGGAGGAGGUGGAGGAGGUGGAGGUGGCAUGCGUACGGGCAGCAGCAGCUGGAGGUGGCAGCUCUCCCGGGCCAUGAGACUGGCUCUGCGCUGGUUCCGCUGGUGCCGCCUGCAGAGAGGCGGCGGCGGCGGUGGGGCGACCGAGCGGCGCGGCGCCGCCGGCCGGCUGCUGGAGCUGUGGCGCUACGGCCGGCUGCUGCUCACCUCGCUGCACUUCAACAGCCUCACCGACUCCGACACGCUGCUGGACUGCGCCUUCGAACCCGUCUACUGGAUCGUGGACAACGUGACCCGCUGGUUCGGAGUGGUGUUCGUCUGCCUCGUCGUGCUGCUGACCACCUCCGUCGUGGUCAUCAUCUACCUGUUCGUCCUGCCCACGAUUCUCAGCACCUACCCGUCGUACUGGAUCGCCUGGCACCUGAGCUGCGGCCACUGGCUCCUCGCCAUGGUGGUCUUCCAUUACUACAAGGCCACCACCACCCCUCCGGGACACCCGCCCAAGGAAAAAAUGAAUAUUCCCUCAGUAUCCAUCUGUAAGAAAUGCAUCACUCCCAAACCUCCCAGGACGCACCACUGCAGCAUCUGCAACACCUGUGUUCUGAAGAUGGACCACCACUGUCGUAUCCUUCCAUCAAGCAACAUCAAACAAAUCCUGGUUGAACAACUGCGUCGGCCACUUCAACCAGCGCUACUUCUUCUCCUUCUGCCUCUACAUGACGCUCGGCUGCUUCUACUGCAGCGUGAGCAGCAAGGCCCUGUUCCUGGAGGCCUACGGCGCCAUCGAGAGAUACUAUCAGACUCCGCCUCCAACCGACGUCGACAUCGAGACCACGGCUCAGAAGUGUAUCAUCUUCCUCUGGGUGUUGACCAGCACGGUGACGGUCGCUCUCGGAGGACUGACCAUUUGGCACAGCAUCCUCAUCAGCAGAGCCGAGACCAGCGUGGAGCGCCACAUCAACCACAAAGAGACCAAAAGGCUCCGGGAGAAGGGCAAGCUCUUCAAGAACCCCUACCACCACGGCACCAUGAACAACUGGAAGCUGCUGCUGGGUGUGGAGGAAAGGAGACACUGGGUCACGCGGGUCCUCUUGCCCUCCAGCCACCUGCCCAGAGAGGACGGCAUCAUGUGGGACUUCAGCUUCGCCAGAACAGACCCCAUGGCCAUCUGACCCCUCCUCUAAAAACAACAACAACAACAACGUAUAGGCAUCGCGAGUCUCAGCUCGGGGACUCAGAGCGGAAGCUGCUUCAAUGUGACGAGAGGAAGAAGCGUUGUAGUUCCACAAUUAGACACACGGGGGUCUUUUGCACUGUUUGGGGAACCGCCUGGAGCAAAGCACUGUGACUCAUCUCGACGCGGGCCAGCGGUGCUGCUGGCCAGCGUCGUCGGGAAGACGACGGCGUUCUCCCGCCCGCCCGAAAAAAGGAAAAAAAAUAGACUUUUCCGUUCACGCGAGGCGGGAGACGGAGGGAUGCGGAGGUACGGGGCGCAUCGGGGCGCAUCGGGGCGCUCCGGGGGCGCCGGCGCGUUCAGGUGCUGCCGGUUGUCAUCCAUAACGAUGCGAGUGUUUCCGUUGGGCUCCUCGGGGUCUCGUACGUUUGGAUGUGCCAGCGUUAAAGUGACGGUUGUGUUAUUCUUUUAUUUUGUAUGUGCUCAUGUGUUUAUGGAUCGAGAUGUUCAAAUGCAGCAUUAAUGAGUCGUCCGUGUUGUCCAUGUUCACCGUGUUUGUGCGUCUCAUCCUCCACGGGUUUCUUAAUGUCGAGGAAAGAAAACAUUGUUCUUCUCCGUGUUUUAAGCUUUACAACCGAUGAGAACUUGUCGUGUCUCGUUUGGACUUUAACAUUAAAGUGAAUCCGGCUGCUGUGAAACCAUUUUUUUUUUAAAUCACCCUUUCUGAACUUAAUGGAUGGGUUGGGUCUGUAGUUGCCAUAGAAACGUUGCGUACACCGUGGGUGUGUGACUUAUGGGAGCUGAGCUCCAGUGUGAUUUGUCAUUUUUUAAAUAAAAAGUUUGUUAUU